UAGCAGUUAGCAUAUACCAUAUUACAUGCCGACAAACGUGUCCCAUCUUAGUCUACCUUCCUAAAGUCCAGUAACACAUUAUCCCAAUUCCCAACACAAUAGACUCAUUUCAUGCCUUCACCCGAAUGUAAGUCAUAAUUCGUGAUGCACACAACCCGUGAAAGACGUUGCAAAGAGCAAUUCUAGCUUCAGUGUAGCCCAAUUCUAACCUUUCCCUUUGUUUUUCAGUGCUGCUAGUGAUGACGUCACUGCUGACUCUGGUGACGUCACAACAGCCGCCGCCCAAUUACAGCUACGACGCGCUGCCGGAGACGAGUUUCAGCUGCGAGGGCCGCGUGGUGGGCGGCUACUACGCCGACGUGGAGGCGGGCUGCCAGAUGUUUCACGUGUGCGGCACGUCUCAGAGGACCAGUUUCCGGUUCCUGUGCCCGAACAACACCGUGUUCGACCAGCAGCACCUGAUCUGCGCCAACUGGUUCCAAGUCAGUUGCGACCGAUCCACGGUCCUGUACGCGCGCAACUUCGAGAUCUUCAAAAAGGGAUCGGAAAAUGAAGUGGAGUUCAACGCACUUGAUGAGGAGGAUCUGCCCGAGCUGGAGGAUUACGAUUCUGGUUUCCAGGGGACGUCGUCCGGCGCCGGACGGUUCUUCGGCGGUGGUGGCGGCUCGCGGCGGGUCACGGCCGCUCCGGUGACGCGCCAGCCGGCCUCGCGCGCCCCGCGGAGGUUUGACCUGAGCACGGCGGCCACCACGCCCCAUCCGGCGGCUGCCACCGACAGCGUCAGUUUCCGUGACCAGAGCACAUUCGCCACUGCGAGCACGGCUCCGGCGCAGCGCGCGCCGUCCCGUCGACCGCUGCUGCCGACACCGCUGCCGCCGCUGGCUCCAGCCCCCGCUGAGACUUCGAGAGUCCCUCCGGCGCCUGCCCCGACCUCGACCCCGACCUCUGCCCCGGUCGGACAAGACGUGGCCCGGGUCACCCUGGGAGAGUUCCGUGCCACCUCGCCGCGGCCCGUGCCGACGUUCACAACUCCGGCUCCGCCACUGCCGACAGCCGCCCCCGCCGCGGCUGGCGGCUCGUUCAGCACACCCGUCCCCGUGUUCACGACCACCGGCCGGUUCCCGUUCGGAUUCACCAGCGUGCCACGCACCAACUUCGCCUUCGGCCGCGGCGGGUCGUUCUCGUUCGGCACGGGCGUGUCGAGCAGAGCGCCGGUAGCGCCGACGGCUGGUUCUCCCACGACCGCUGUUACAGCGCCACCCGAGCUGCCAGAGCUCACCAACGACCUCCGCGAGCAAGAGUUGAACUCAGGUGACUCACGUAGGCAGUUUGGCGGAACCGACCGCAGGACAGGAGUCUCCGUCAGCAGCACACCGAGGUCGUUCACCGCUCGCACACUGCCACCGACGACACCGGCGCCGUUCCGCGUCGUGUCCGUCUCACCCGCGUCACCAUUCGUGCGCGGCACGCCGCUGCCGACGACUCGACCGAGUCAGGCCCCCACCGAGUCCGCACGGACGGUCAGUCCGGCGGCAGGCAGCUUCUUCGGAGCCAGUGUCGUGCCGAAUGUGGCUUCAACCAGCGGCAGGGCCACAUUUGGAGGCAGAGGGCAAACCCGGCAGAAUGUUGACAGCUCAGAGAGCUUCGGUGAUGUCAAUGACAUAAAUGAUAUCAAUGACAUCAACACCAGAGUCAAGGAUGAGAGCAGUGGUAAUGGGAUCGGCAGAGGUCGACUGGAGGUGACCACCGCGCCGCCCGGUGGUCGUUUCAGCGCCACCGUGCCGACUCGUAGCCCGUCGACGAGGUUCUCCGGCGGCAGAGCACCAAGCACAGCCCAGCCCUCUGGAGGAGCCAGGGCCAGCUUCCGCCGCCGUCGGCCGUCGGCCGCCACCACCGCCGCGCCGGCCUCAGAGGGCGCCAUCGUCAGCAGGAGGCGCGGCUCGCGGUGGCGCGGCGGCUCCCGGGUCCGGCCCAGCGCCGAGCCGGUGACUGGGGUCAGCCCGGCGGCCGCUGUGGCGCCCUCUGUCAGCCCCAGUGCCGCUGCUCCGAGCGCUGCGGUCGGUGUGUUGAGUCCCAGCCGGCGGCCGGCGGUAGCCCGUCCCGUGCCGCGGCCUACCACCACCCCGCCCGCCGAGCUCACCAACGAGAUCGACAGCGCACCGACGCGCAAACCCACGCCGCGCUCGCGCAGCCGCGGCCGCGGCAGUCGCCGGUUCGACCCGCGUCUACCCGGCGGUGACCUGAGCCCGACCCAGUAUGUGAGAACUCGCGGCGGUCGGGGCCGGCUGGCACCGCCUACAGUGCCGCCGCCCACUCUGCCGCCUCAGCUGAGCUCUAUCUCCGACAUCGCGGAUGUGGAGGCGCUGACCGACCAGCUGAACCUGCUGGACGAGCAGGAGCUGCUGGAGGAGCUGGAACGGGAGGACCGCCGCUUCAGGAAUGGACCCGAGGCCAACAACAGGUCCAUCGACAGCUCGUCUCGGCGUCAGAAGCUGCCGGACCGCGGCACCACGCCGGCGCCGCUGCUGAUCGCGCGUGGACCGCCGCCCACCCGGCCGGCGCCGCGGCGUCCCACAGCUGCACCCACAACCGCAGCCGCAGUCACCACGCCGCAGAUCAUCAGGAAGAGGAUCCGAGUGCGCGGCAGGCCAAGCCGUCGGCCGAGGGUGGGAGGCCGCCGGAGGACCACCACCACACGGCGUCCCACAACCACUACCACUACUACAGAGACCCCUACUACAGCCGCGCCACCCCCACGGACCCGUCCGGCCGUCACCGUCCCUCCCACCGUCCCACCAGCUCCGACCACCACCCCGGCACCGACCACCGAGGUCAGCACACUUCCCACCAACAAAGAAGCCUCUAAUAUAGGCCGUCAGAGCGGCGGCUUCUUCCUGCGACCCAAGCUACAACUGAGCUCGGCACUACCCACCGACCUCCAAACCCGCCGUCUGAACGACGUCAACGAGCUGGCUGCCGAGCGGACCGGCCGCUCACGAAACACCAGCCCGAUCGCCUUCAGCCGGGGGACGCGCUCCACAACACGUGCGCCGGAGGCCCGGCUCUCGGAGAUUCUGUUCGCAUCCAGCUCGCCAGGGAGAGCUGGAGGAGGCCGGACCGGAGACGCCGACUACGAUUAUCAAUACUACGACUCCGACUUCAGACUGGAGCAUCAGGAUGAUAUUGAGGAUGUAGACGAUCUGUUCCAGACUCUCAGUAGGAAAUCUAGGUGGACGUGA